AGCCCAGCUGCAGAAGCGGCCGCCACCUCCGUUGCACAAGGUGUCUGGUCUGGCAAGCAGCUCGAGCCCCAGGGAGGCGGCACGGAGAGAUUCUGGCUGGGCUGGCGGAGCCACGCGGGAGGACGCCGCGCGGCGCUCCAGGACUGGAGCUGCCUGGCCUCUGAGGACCCUUAGCGACCUGAUCCCGGGAUCCCGCUCCACGCUGUUCUCGCGUUUCACGGAUUCCCCCCACCCCGCCCCGCUGCCUGCGACCAUCUCCCCAAAACGGAGCCUUCGUAUCAAGAGAAGGUGCGGGAGUCGGGGCAUCCAGGACUUUUCCGGACACCCAAGAUGCGCUCUAUUAGGAAGAGGUGGACCAUCUGCACCAUAAGUCUGCUACUGAUAUUUUAUAAGACAAAAGAAAUAGCAAGAACUGAGGAGCACCAGGAAACGCAACUCGCUGGAGAUGGAGAGUUGUGUUUGAGCCGAUCACUUGUCAAUACCACUGAUAAAGUCACUCGGAAGGCUGGUUCAACAAUCUUUCAGCACUCUGUAGAAGGUUGGAAGAUCAAUUCUUCUUUAGUUGUGGAGAUAAGGAAGAACAUUCUUCGUUUCUUAGAUGCGGAACGGGAUGUCUCCGUUGUCAAGAGCAGUUUUAAGCCUGGUGACGUCAUACACUAUGUACUCGACAGGCGCCGGACAUUAAAUAUUUCUCACGAUCUGCACAGCCUCCUCCCCGAAGUUUCACCAAUGAAAAACCGCAGGUUUAAGACUUGUGCAGUUGUUGGAAAUUCUGGCAUUCUGCUAGAUAGUGGAUGUGGCAAGGAAAUUGACAGUCACAAUUUUGUAAUAAGGUGUAAUCUAGCCCCUGUGGUGGAGUUUGCUGCAGAUGUGGGAACUAAAUCAGAUUUUAUUACCAUGAACCCAUCAGUUGUACAAAGAGCAUUUGGAGGCUUUCGGAAUGAGAGUGACAGAGAAAAGUUUGUGCAUAGACUGUCCAUGCUGAAUGACAGUGUCCUUUGGAUUCCUGCUUUCAUGGUCAAAGGAGGAGAGAAGCACGUGGAAUGGGUUAAUGCAUUAAUCCUUAAGAAUAAACUGAAAGUGCGCACUGCCUAUCCAUCAUUGAGACUUAUUCAUGCUGUCAGAGGUUACUGGCUGACAAACAAAGUGCCCAUCAAAAGACCCAGCACAGGUCUCCUCAUGUAUACUCUCGCGACAAGAUUCUGUGAUGAAAUUCACCUGUAUGGAUUCUGGCCAUUCCCCAAGGAUUUGAAUGGAAAGCCUGUAAAAUAUCAUUACUAUGAUGACUUAAAAUAUAGGUACUUUUCCAACGCAAGUCCUCACAGAAUGCCGUUAGAAUUCAAAACAUUAAAUGUGCUACAUAAUAGAGGAGCUCUCAAACUGACGACAGGAAAGUGUGUAAAGCAAUAAAGCACAUUUAAAAGACAUAAGCAGAGUGAACAUGCCCUUCGUUUCUGAAGAGGCUUCUGAAGAUUUCACAGUAGGAUCCAAAACAAGGCUGGGUUUCAGCAUUCACCAAUUAACUGAAAAGUUGAUGAAGGAUAUUCACUGGAGAAAUCCACUACCAGCUGAUGAAAAUACCUGCAAAGUGCUCUAAAAAUUUAAUAUUUUGACUUCAAGGGUCCUAGUAAGUGCCACUUCCACUAAGACUACAGUUUGAAUGUAUAAUCAGUAGUGUUUACAAGAUCCAACAAUGCACUUGUCGUUAGUUAAUGAGGCGAACACAUCCAUCGUUCUCGGGCUGCAGCUGCAACAUCAAGCACAUCAGAAGAGGAACCCAGGACCUCAGCUCCGCCUUGGGCAGUUCACCAUCCUUGUCAGCAGAAAGGAACACCGAGACCGUUCCAACAGUGAAUUCCACAAGAAGAAACAACUCAAGUAAAUGCCUUCAGUCAGGACUCUGAGUCUCAUCAUGAAUGUUGUGCUUUCCAGUUUAUGUUUCUGUUUGUCCUCUGGAAUCUCUUUUAGUUGGGGUAUGUGGGUGCUUAGAAAUCCUUUCUGUGAGGUAGAAAUGAGAACCCUAAGAACAGGAAAAAAUUAUGUCAAGUCAUUCUUUCUAAAGUAGUAUUUUCAAAGAGCAAUCGCAAAAGGCUUUUUUUUUUUUAAUUAUGUUGCACAACUUGAAACCUCCAGAUUACUUUUUCAGUGGGUAGAAGGUACCACCAAAACCAUACAACUUGGUAAUAGUGAGUCACUCUCAAGACAGUACAUGUCAUGUCAUCUGAGAUGGCAAAACUAACAGGAACAACAUGCCCUUUGGUUACCAAAGAUUAUGUUCAUUUUCUACACAACAAACCAUUCUCUUUUCAAGAAAAUAGUGAAUUAAUACCAUGAAUAUGCGACUAAUGUGAAUGUUGUUUCCAAACACUUUAAAAUGUCUAAAUUCAAAUUUAUUUUUAUUUGAAGGAAGACUUACAUGCUUUUCAUAUCUCACAAUCAUUUUGCGGAAGCAUUUUACCCAUUGGAAUAAAUCAUUGAUGAAGCCAAAAUGUGACUUCCAGGUUUUUUUUAAUCCCUUUAUUAUCCAGACAGAAAGAUUGGCAUACUUGCUAUAUCCUUGUUAAAUCUCUUGAAAAAUUUGCAGAAAUAACAUGAUUAGUAGAAUGUUGUUUUCAUAAUGGAGAUGAUUAUUUUUGAAGAUAGUC